UCAAUAUAUUUUUUGUACAAAAGCAACUAGAAGAUGAGAUCACCUUCAAAACAUGUAACCAAAAGGGUUAGAGAUGCUGAAGCUGAGUUAAACUUGCCUCCCGGAUUCCGGUUUCACCCGACCGACGAGGAGCUCAUCGUUCAUUACCUUUGUCGUAAAUCCCAAUCGACGUUGGAGAGCGUUAGUGUCGCUCCACCAUCGUGGAUUAUCGCGGAUGUUGAUCUAUACAAACAUGAUCCCUGGCAGUUUCCUGAAAUGGCUUUGUUUGGAACAAAGGAAUGGUAUUUUUUCACACCAAGAGACCGGAAAUACCCUAACGGGUCGAGACCAAACCGGGCCACAGGAAACGGGUACUGGAAAGCAACCGGGGCAGAUAAACCCAUUAAGUUAAAAUCCGACCCGAAUACAACAAUUGGGAUAAAAAAGGCCUUGGUUUUUUAUGCAGGAAAAGGGGUCAAAGGAAUCAAAACUAAUUGGAUCAUGCAUGAGUAUAGACUUGUUAUGUCAAAUCCUACCACAGUUUCCAGGCUCGACGAUUGGGUUCUCUGCCGUCUGUACAACAAGAAAAACAAUCCAAACGAGAUGAUCGUGUUAGAAGACGAUAACAUUAUUCAUAACCAAGAUCUUCAUCUUGCAUCUCCAUUAGGUGAGUUACAAAAAGAGAACAGUUGCAAUAACAACAAUAACAGUUUUGAUUCAUUUGAAUAUUCGGAUGGUGAAUCUUUGACUAAAGUCAAAGGUACAAGUGAGCAAGUCAACAUAGGAUUAAUGGAGAGUUUGAUGAAAAUAGAGGAUGCUGAUGAUGGGAAUGAUUGGCUUGAGUGUUUGAGUUUGGAAGAUUUGCACCAUUGUUUGGUAGCAAUGCCUCCUAAUGAUGACAUUAUUUUAUCACCCAAACCAACAACAUUUUUCUAGUUGGGUUUGAUUAUUAUAUACUAGGAUGGAAAUUAUGAAUGUAUGAUAAUAGAUUAAUAGGUGUUUGGGGAUAUUUUGAUUAGUAUUAUUAGA